AAUGCUGUGUACGUGGUUGGAGCUCGGUAUUUUUUUUUAUUUUUUUUUUAUGGAAAUCUACUGCCGGAUAUAAUUUUAGUAUAUAUAGUCAGGAAGAAAUCUUUGCUUUUAUACUUAAAGAAUCUUAAAGUCUGAGGUCAGUGAAUUCAAGAUGCAUUGUUCGUUUCCAAUCUUACUUGUCUUGGCACUGGUUGGGUAUUCCUAUGGAGCUACCAAAACGAAGUGCCAAGUUGUACAAGCACUACGCAAUCAGAAUGUACCAGACAGUGAUCUUAGAGACUGGCUGUGUUUAGUAAAACACGAAAGUAACUACAGAUACGACGUAGUAGGUACAAAUUCUAAUGGUUCGAAAGAUUAUGGUAUAUUCCAGAUGAACAGUAACUACUUUUGCGGAAGGCCAAGUGGCACUAGCUCCUCCACGUGUUGGAGAGUUAAUACCUACGGCUGUGCCGACUCUUGCACCUCAUUCACUAACUCGGACAUAUCAAACGAUGCAAAUUGUGCUGUUAGAGUUAAAAAUUGUGGGGGAUUUGGCAAAUGGUAUGGUUGGAGAUAUCACUGUUCCAAUGUUCAAGGUCCAGAAUACGAUUACAGCACAUGUUAAAUAGUUUUGACGUUUCACAAUAAAUCUCAUUCAAAAGAUGACAAAAAGAAAUUAUUCUUUUAUAGAAUAGUUGUUUAGCAGACUUAUAUAAAAACUGUAUCUUCCGCAUGUUCAUCACAUGAAAGUGAUUUUGUUCAUGCACUAACAUUUCUCCCUUCCCAAUUUAUAUUUUAUAAAUUUUCUUUGAAACAAUAAAAUUUGUGAUACAA